AGAGCCGAUUCGUCAGCACGAGGUUCAUCAGCGGAAAAAUAAUCAUCAUCUCCGCAAUUCUGCUUAAAGUCGACUGACUGAAGAUUGCAGAGGAUGCGAGUAGAGUAGUGCACCAUUUUUAUUUUGUCAUCUUCAGACUUCAGUAACAUAACAGAAGCGUCAGAGGACUGAGGUCUGAGCCUCUGAGGAGGGGGAGGGAGAGGGACAGAGCUACAGAGGAUGCUACGCCUGCGGUUCCGGCCAGCUCCCCUGUCACUGAAGCUGGCCUUCACCGUCUCCCUCGCCGUCUCCUUCUCCGUCUCCUGCUGCGCCUCCUCCUCAUACUCGUCCCGCACAUCAUCCAGAUCGCCGCAGGCCGUAGCCGCGGACCUCCUCUCCGUGCUCGCCGGCCCUCGCGCCGCGGCGCGGGUACCGGCGGCGGAGGCCUCGCGGCUCCGCGCCUGCCUCCGGUUCCUCGCCCCGGCCAACCCCACGGCCCAAAAGGUCUCGUCUUGGAGCCGCGGAGGCCCCCGGAAGUUCCUCCUCGAUGGUUGCGAUGCGGGGGCGGCUGAGGCGGACGAGAUGGUGAUGUGGCCGCCGGCCCCGGUCUUGGACCUGGCGCGGCUGGCCGUUGACUCCGGAGGCGAUCCCGGUGCCAUCCACCGCGCGCUCGACCCAACAAUGCUGCCGGUGCCAGAUGUUGAGGGUUCCCAGAAGAAUAAAUGCCAUCUCACAAGAACACCGUAUGGGAGGCGCUUUGCCAAUGAGGAGAUCAAUUCAUAUUUUGCAUUCUUGUUCGAAUUGAUUGUGGCACGGGCACCUUCGGUUGGAUUAAAUGUAUCACUGAAUCGCUAUGAUUUGUUCCAUGGGCAUCUUUUCCUUGCAUCGGAGACAGGACGGCUUGGAAUUCUGUUCCAUGCUAAAGAAUACCCAGCAUUUAACAAGGAAUUGUUUCCUUAUAAUUUGGGAUAUUGCCAGGCAGGAUCUAAUGUACCAUAUGAUGAUUCGAUGAAUUUGCGCAAUGUACUUUGGUUAGCACCUUUGCCAUCAAAGGAGACAAAAGCUUGGUUAGCACCAGGAGUACUAGUUGUCUUGGACGCACAUCCUGAUGGAAUUAUCUAUCAAGAGAUGAUACGUGACUAUGUUCAGAUUGUUAGAACAGUAUACGAAGAUGAUCUUGGGGAGAACACAGUUGAUGUCAAUUAUCUGAAUGUGGCAAAUGCAGCUCCCGUAGAUAGAAUUUACAUUUGUUGAAGUCAUAUGUACCGCUAUUUGUUUUCCCAUGGUGUGAUUUGAUUUGAUUUCUGAGAACCGGACGUCAAUGCAUCAUCCUCAUGUCCACCAAAGCAAUUGUUCCCGUUCCCAUGACCGCUGCUGUGUAUUUCACAUGUUUAUUUGUUUAAUUAAAAAUGCUCAACGAAGCAACGAUUUGUUGUUAA